UGUCCCCGCGAGUUGCCGGAAGUUCCCCGCGCACGUGUGCGUCUCUUUUCCCCGGCUGGCGGAGGCUAACGGCUACGUGUGGAGCUACCGACUACGUGCGUGGAGCUAACGGCGGUGUACCUCAACACUCAGAUCUCUCUGCUCGCUUACAUCCCUCAAACAUGGCAACCUUCAGGAAGGCCCUGAAGAGCAAGCAGAGAAACCACCAUGAACGAGCUCAGUUGGGUUCAAGAAACUUCCUGGGACUGUUGGAGAAAAAGAAGGAUUACAAACUGAGAGCCAAUGACUACCACAAGAAGCAGAACCUGCUCUCUGCCCUGCGGAGGAAGGCCAUGGAGAAGAACCCUGACGAGUUCUACUACAAGAUGAUCAGCUCCAAGCUGGAGGAUGGCGUCCACCGUGCCAACAGGGAGGCGUGGGAUGUGGAGGUGACCGAGGAGCAGAGGAAGAUGAUGAGGACCCAGGACCUCAAGUACGUGGAGAUGAGGAGGCUGGCCGACGCCAAGAAAAUCGAGAGGAUGAAGGGAGAGCUCCACCUGCUGGACGCCAAGGGCAAGCAGGAGAACCAGCACACCUUCUUCGUGGACUCAAAGAGAGAAGUGCAGGACUUCUCCCUGGCCGAGCGUCUGAACACGGUCCCUGAGCUGGUGGGCCGUGCCUACAACCGACCCACCCUGGAGACCCUGAGGACCAAGAUCAUCAAGGGACCCACCGACAAUUACAGCCUCCAGAAGCUGGCCCGGCAGCGAGCUCACCAGUACACCGUCCUCACCCAGAGGAUCGAACGCGAGCGUAAGCUCUACGUCAUCGGCCAGAAGAUCCAGAGCCGCCGGGAGAUCCAGGAGAAGACCAAGCGGGUGAAGAUGAGCAGCGAGACGAAGGAGGCGGCGGCCGUCUACAAGUACGAGGCCAAGAGGAAGCGCUGAGGGCCGGUUGCCAUGGAAACCCCAGACGCGAGCCCUGCAGUGUUUUGUACAUAUCUUUAGAUUUUCAUAACUGGUUUCUUUCCAAUAAACCUUGAUAAACCGAC